AAUUAUUUUUGAAUAUUGAAGGUUCAAUUCAGACGCGGUUCUAAUAAUUUGCUUGUGAUUGGGGUAUAAUUGUCUCUCCGAGUGAUAUUAAAAGCCUCCUCUUGCUCUCCUUAGAACACAUUCUAGCCCCAAAAAGAAAAGAAAAAGAAAAAGCUCCAUCAAGAUCCCUCCUUUGUUUGUAAAAGCCAAAAUACUCUAAUGCAUGGAGCUUUUGUGGAAUUGAAGUGGUAAUUACUUGCCCUAAGAAGCUCUUUUGUUUUGUUUCUUCAAUAUUAUAGUCCAAAUUCAACAACCCUAAUUAAUUUCCUUUGACCAAAAUGUUCUCUGCCAGUAAUAGUAGUACUCAUGAUAACCCUCUUCCUCACUACAUUUCCUCAUCCUUUCACACCUCUUCUCCCUUUCUUGGUUUCACUGGCAACCAAAUUCUCCUUCAUCAAUAUUACCAAAAUCAAUUUUCUAGUCAUUAUUACUUGGCAAAGAACAAUGAAGAUUAUUGUGAUAAUUCCUUAAGGUCGUUCCCCAUGAAGAAGAAAUCCAAGAAAAGGGAGAGGUCAUGUGGUAAGAUUUUGACGGCUCAAGGUCCAAGAGAUAGAAGGAUAAGACUCUCCAUUAACAUGGCUAGAAAGUUCUUUGAUCUUCAAGAACUUCUAGGUUUUGACAAACCAAGCAAAACCAUUGAUUGGCUAUUUACACACUCCGAAUUAGCCCUUGAGGAGCUCACUAAUUGGUCAACUCAUCAGACUCAUCGCCCGAAAAUUUCAGGAGCAAUCAACAACAAGGGUUUAGAAAGAAAUCCCAAAAGAGCAAAAGAAGUAACACUAAAAGAGUUAAGGAAAAAGGCAAGAGCACGAGCUAGGGAAAGAACAAUCAAGAAAAUGUGGACCAAAAUUGAAACUAGCCACAAAUCAGCUAAUUUUUUUGGAAAAAAAGAUAUUAGUGAAAUGGAACAACAUUUUUUCAAGAACAAAUUACAAGCAAACAAAGAAAUAAUUGAGGGAUCUGGAGUUACAAAAAUUAAGAUAAUGCCUUCUUUAAUCUUGGGUUUUAACCCUAAUCCUUAUGCUCCAAUAGAGUCAGGUACCUACUAUGGUGGCUCUUCCUUAUCACAAGGAUUUCAAAGACCAUGGGACUCAUAUCACAGUAGUCAAGUCUAAUAUUGGGAAUAUGAAUGCUUCUUCCCUAUGAUAUCAGCUGGAGAAUGAAAGGAAGGCGAUGUUGAUCAACUACAUAAGUAAAAGAUAGACUUUAUUCUAUUUUAAUUUUUUAAUAUAUCAAUUAUAACAUUCGUCAUCUUCUUCAA